AGACUUGCGUGAGGGAGGGGAAAAAAAAUGGGUGGACGGAAAGUCCCUGCGUGGAAAUCCCCUUGACUUGGGCUUUUUCUCCCCCCAGCUCUCGUUCUUUUUUUUCCCACAUGGUUUUAAACGCUCUCGUCGGCGUCCACGCGUGCACUCGUUGUGAACGAGAAGGCUCGUCAAAGUGCGAGCGGUACCCUCCGCCUUCCCCGCCCCCCCAAAAAGAUUACCGCGCCGAGAGGAGAAGCUCGAAUGGCGCCGAGCGAGAGGACGAGGCUGCCGAGCAUCCGGCGGCUUUUGUUGUAGCACCAGCCCGCCGCGCACGUCGGACAGUUUCCGCCUCGUACCGCCGCCGCCGCUCGGCCCCCGCCGGUUCCCGUCCCUCGCCGCCAUGUCGCAGGGCCAGAACUUCCUCCCCAAGUUCCUGUUUGUGUCCAACCUGCUGAAGGCGGUGAAGAUCCGCCAGCGGGUGCCCAACGACGUGCUGAAGCCGGCGGCCAGCGGCGGCCUCAUGCACCACCUGCGCGGCAUGCACCGCUACACGCUGGAGAUGAUCGCCAUGAACCACUUCCCGCAGGCCUUCCGCGAGGUGGUGCAGGCCGCCAUCUUGGACCGGGCCAUGCAGGCCUCGUUGGAGCAGGAGAAGAAGCUCAACUGGUGCCGGGAGGUGAAGAAGAUGGUGCCUCUGCGCACCAACGGAGAUGGCAACUGUUUGCUCCACGCCGCCUCCCAGUACAUGCUGGGCGUCCAGGACACGGACCUGGUCCUCCGGAAAGCCCUCCACGGAGUCCUCAAGGAGACGGACACCGCCGUCUUUCGGGCACGCUUCCAGGCCCAGCUUCUGCACUCCCAAGAGUUCACCCAGACGGGCCUCCGCUACACCACCACGAACUGGGAGGACGAGUGGGACAAGAUCGUCAAGAUGGCCUCUCCCGUCUCCACUAGCAACGGCCUGCAGUUUGACUCGCUGGAGGACAUUCACAUCUUCGUCCUGUCCAACAUCCUGCGCAGACCCAUCAUCGUCAUUUCAGACCAGGUGCUGAGGAGCAUGAAAUCGGGUUCGACCAUCUCCCCCCUCAACGUGGGCGGGAUUUACCUCCCGCUGCACUGGCCGCCGGCCGAGUGCUACAAGUACCCCAUCGUGCUGGGCUACGACUCGCAGCACUUUGCGCCCCUCGUCACCAUCAAAGACAGCGGCCCCGAAAUCCGAGCCGUGCCGCUGAUCAAUCCCGGACGAGGAGGCUUUGAGGAGCUCAAGGUGCACUUCCUGAUGGAGAAGGAGCAGCAGCUGAAGGAGAGCCUCCUCAAAGACUACCUGCUGCUCAUCGAGAUCCCCGUCAUCGGAUUGGGAUACGACGCCACGCGCAUCAUCAACGCCGCACGGUUGGACGAGGGCAACCUGCCGGAGGACAUGAACCUGAUGGAGGACUACCUGCAGCUGGUCAACCACGAGUACCAGCGCUGGCAGGAGGACAAGGAGCAGGCGUGGGCGGCCCAGCCCCAGCGCCCGCCGCCCUUCUCCGUCUCGCAGCUGUCGCUCAUCGAGAUCCGCUGCGCCACGCCGCGCUGCACCUUCUACGUGUCGGUGGACACGCAGCCGCACUGCCACGAGUGCUUCGAGAAACGCCAGGCCACCGCCGGCCGGAUAGAAGGCCUGGUGCACGCCAAGGGCGGCGGCGUUUCGGACAGCAGCGAGGGGGGCUCCAGAGGGGGCCGGAGCGGCAGCCCGCCGUCGUCCUCGUCCGGCCGGGCGGCGGCGCUGUCCAGCCCGCGCUCGGCCCCGCCGCCCACCGCGCCCAGCCUCAGCCUGUACAGCGAAACUCACGCCAUGAAGUGCAAAAGCCCCGGCUGCCUCUUCACCCUUAGCGUGGAGCACGCCGGGCUGUGCGAGCGCUGCUUCAACUCCAGGCAGAACCAGGCGCCGGGCCCGGACGCCGCGGCCCCUCACGCCCUUGCCGCGCAGGGUCCCGGCGGCUGGAACCAGUGGGGGGGGCCCCCCCGGCAGGCGGAAGCCGAGCGCUGCGGCACGUGCAGGCAGGAAGCCUUUCGGAUAUUCAACGGGCUGUGCGCGCCCUGCAUGCAGAGGCAGCAGGCUCCCGAAACGGGGGAGCCGCGGCCCGGCCGGCCCGGGACCGGGACCGGGACCGAGGCCUGGGGCCCGCCGAGGGACCCCGAGCGGCCGGGCCACGGCUCCGCCUGGCAGGCCCCGCUCGCCCGCCCCUGCAAGAGAUCCGGUUGCCCGUUCUUUGGCACGCCCGAGAAGUUGGGCUUCUGCACCAUUUGCUACGUUGACUAUCAGACCAACCACCACCUGACACCUCCACCGGCCCCGGCGCAGGGCCGGCACGGCGCGGAGGCCGGCUUCCAGAACGCCUCGCGGUGUCGCGGGCCAGGCUGCGGCGCGCUGGGCAAGGCCAUGCUGGAGGGCUACUGCGACAAGUGCUACGUCAAAGAGCAAAGCGCACGGCUCAACCAGGCGACGCAUCGCACGCCUCGCUCCCCUCCCCCCGUGGCGCGCGAGCGAGCCACCAAACCCCGAUCCACGCAGCAGUCGCAGACGCAGACGCAGUGCCGGCGGAGCGGCUGCAGCAACGUGUCCCCGGGCUGCACGGACCUCUGCCCCGAGUGCCACACGCGGGGGGGCCAGGGCCGAGACGCCGGCCGGCGGGCGCAGGCGCCCAAGGAGAAGUCCAAGCAGCGCUGCCGGACGCAGGGCUGCGACCACUACGCCAACCAAGAGAAACAGGGCUACUGCAACGAGUGCCACCACUUCAAACAGAUCUACCGCGGAUGAGCGCCCCGGCGCCGCUCCCCUACUAACCGUCCGACCCGCUCGCUGGCUAGUGACUAACCCGUAACCUUAGGGCCUGAAAAUCAACACCCUUUCCUCCCCCGUGUAGAAUGUGAAGACCGAGUGCGUGCGUGCGCGCGCACGCGGGGGGAUAAGCGAACGCGUGAGUGCGCGUUGCGGAGCGCGCGUGCGCGCAGUCGACAUGGCCUCCGCAAUACCUCUUUGUGCAGUCAAGACCAUUCGACGAGCUGCGGCCGCACGUGUACAAAAUGUAUUUCAAGGUACCUGCCCACUCGUGCCGGACGCAAUGAUUGUAUGCUUGUACGUCGACCGAAAGCAUCCGCUUUUUUUUUUUUUUUUUUAGACUAGUGAUUCCCAACAUUGCGUGAGCUGGGGCACAUUCGUUUGAAAAGUCCUUCAUCACACCGCCACUCCGAAAUGUCACAGAAAGGGAUAUGCCGCAGUGUGAAAUCCACCAGUCAUUGAAAAUGGACACAGCCUAAGAUGGUGGCAAAGCACUACUUUUGCUUCAACAUCGUUUCGUGGCACAAGAUUUAAUAGGAAUGGAAUCAAAGUUUCAAACUACCAAUUGGUGAAUUUUGUCUGCAAACAAGCGAACCCACAAGUGUCGUACACGCAGACAUGCCCCGCGAUUGCAACCCCCAAAUGAAACCAGAAGCAUGACAAAGCCAUCCCCAAAACAUAUUGCUCACUCCUAUCGUGCCGCCCUUCAAAAGCAACGGCGAGCAUUGUUUGAGAUUGAAAGCAAAGAGAUUCGCAGGUACGUUUACAUGUGGCAAAGACCACGAUGACGACUUUUUUGGGCACCGUCGCGUGGCAUCUUCGGCUGCGACGGAAAGAUGGAUGCGAAAGAUACGAUUUGUAGUCAACAACGUUUGAUGGAAUCGGAUGAAACGGGAAUGUGCCGUGGUGGCACCCCGGUUGGGAAUCGCUCUUGUCCACCGCAGCCAAGGAUUUCGAGCCCUCGUCUGUCUGUCUGUCUGUCUUAGCAUUUGUUCUCCAGGGUACGAGCGCGAGAGAGCGUUGCGACCAACCAAAAUCUCCCCAGCCUCCACUUCAAAUCUUUCAGAAAAUAGAAAAAAAAAAGCGAGCUCUUACAAUCAACCCAGUGUGAGUGCUCCUUUGAGGGAACCGCACCUUUGUAGAUGUAACUGACAGUUAUGCCGAACAGGGUGUCCAAACCAACAUGGGAUGGGGGUGGGGGGGGGGGUAUAGAUAUAGAUAUCUUCCAGCCACUGAGGUCUCGGAAAUGCACUUUUAUUUUUUUAAGGCAAGGCUGACCAGGGUAGAGACUUGCCAAAAGGUGGCUCGUCUCCUUUGUCCGACGUGACAUUUAAGGGGCGGGGCUCCAUUGUCCUGAGCUGACGUCACAUUCAUUUGGCCCGAACCGCAACGCAGUUCAAACAACAAAGUGUUAUUUGUGAUAUUUACAAAAAAGGAAACAAAGUUGGAUUCUCACCAAAACAAAUUUGCCGUCCUAACACACUGUCAUCUUUCCAGAGGAAAGUCGUCAUCUCAAGAAAACGGUCCUCAUUUUUCAAAAUUGUCUCACAAGAGCAGUCGUACUUUUGUCGAAAAAUAGUUUCCAAAAUGUUCUUGAUUUCCAAGAAUAAAGUUGUAAUCGAACAAGAAUAAAAUGAUAAUGAUGCGGGUCUAAAAUGAACAUUUGAGGAGAAAAGAAAUUCAAAACAUUUUUUCUAAAUUGGGACUUUAUUUUGAGAUGUACUCUCUGGUUGCUUAAAUAUUUUUGUCUUGGAAACGAUGACUGUUUUAAUAUGACUGUCUUAACAAAAAAAAAACAAAAACAACGCCUCAUGGACGGGCAGCUUUUGUUGUGAGAUGAAGGCUUUUUUUCCAAGACGAAACAAAAGCAUUGCUCUUGUAAGAGUGUGACUUUACUCCCGAAAAUACCUUGUGGGGUGGGGUGGGAGGUCUCUUUCCUCCUAUUACGACUUUUUCCUCCUCGUUUUCCUUUCACAAUUCUUAACGUGGCUCGACUCGAAUACUUGGCCUCGUCUCACGAGCUCCUUUUCCACCUCCUUUCCUUUCGGGUCACGUCAUCGCGCCGCAUACGGGGGACACGUCGGAAAACCUACUUUUUGAUUUUCUUUUUUUAACUCCCAUGUGCGCGUGGACUAAAGUCUCUGUUGUUGAAAUCUUGCGAGACAGACGGGGCAGGCGCCCGCCGGUUGUGGUGCCGCACGCGACGUCGUUGGGCAUUUUGACGUUGUACCUUUCGCAAGCCCCGCUCACAACAGAUCAGUUGCCUUGGAUGUUGUUUUUUUGCCUCUUUGCCGACCACUUCAGCACCUACACACAGACCAUAUGCACGCGCGCGCGCGCGGACAGACCGUCGAAUUGCCUCCUCGGUCCGGCGCGAAGUAUCUGAAUGUGUUUUUGCCGCAGUCACGUAUCGGGGCUGAUCCUCCGCAAGUUUUUGCCUUUACGACGGACCGGAGGAGCCUGAUCCCCGCCUGAUCAGCGCUCCCGCUAUUCUUCUUCUUCUUCUUCUGAUAUCAACCCUCCUGUUACGUCACGGGUCACUCACAGCCAAAAGUUCUUGCGGAUCCCAAUUUUGACAAGCAAAACAAGUCGAGGACUAAAGUUGGAUUGAAACCGUUCCUGCAGUUGCUCAUUGUUUUGGAAACAAAUUUGCUGCCGCUCAGUUUGGUAUGGGGAUAUCGCGGAAGGAAUUUCACGCACCCGAUGACGCAACGAAUCACGUUUCAAUGCGAUGCGUUUCAUGUUGUGAGAAGUUCCGCACUUGACAAAUGAUUACGUUUGAAGUGACCUGAAGUUAUCACUUGUCAACGUGAUCGUUUUUACGCCACUCUUAAAAACCCCGCACGUAUAAAUCAUUCACGAGACUUGGCCUUAGUUUUCUUUGAUUUUUUAUUUUUUUUUCUUUUUGCAUUGUUGCAGAAGUGCGGCAAAGUGACCUUGGUAGUACCUUUACUUGAAGAGACACCAACAGGGCUCCGUCAGUGACCUGCGCUUGCUUCGUCGUCUUGUUUUGAACUUCUCACGUUAACAACGUGAAUCUCAUCGUGUUCAAAUGGGAAAUUGAUCACGUUAUCAUAUUUUUGUGUGUGGUCUAGCAGCGGUGCACUUCCGCGGUCACGAGAUGUCCACAAGGGGACGUUUCAUGUGACAAAUCGACAGCUUACUUGCUGUUCAAACUUUUUUUGUCUUUUUCUCCUUGCCCCCCAAAAAACACUUUCUGUGAUAAUUACACAGGAGUUGACCCAGGAAGAAACAAGCUUGCUUUUUCCUGAGCUUGGCAACUAACAGGAGGGUUGAAGUGCAUUUGUGAAUAUGGAUCUGGGUCCGUGCUGCGGGACCUCCCGACCUGAUGCCUCACCUCUCAACACGCACUCAAAACACACGUGUGCGUCUCAAAACUGACAUUCCUCUUUUAUUUUUUUACUUGGGGAUUUUGGGGGGUUUUAGUUCCAGAUGUAUUUUAAUACUAGCUUUGGUUUCCUUUUUUGGUGGAGUUUUAUUUGCCAAAAUAAUGUACACGUGCCAUCAAGCGCCAAACGGUUGUUGUUAUACCUCCUUAAAAAAAUGGCCGCCUCGGACAAGUUAGACAUUUCUUGGAUACAGUGGAACGCCCACACAUCAAACGCCCGGGGGGGGGGGGGUCUUUCCUUCUUGUAAGGCCUUAAAAUAUUUGUGAAUGCAACCGUGACUAAUAAAUAGCUGAAAAUAUGACGCGAGGAAGCCCCACCCCCAAAAAUAGCAUUCCCAUUCUUUUUUCUUUCACACAAAGUCUUAAAUUUGACUCCCCAAAUAAGUGACAUUGCUUAUUUUCACGAGAAUAAUCACUCUUUUUCAAAAUUCUUAAAUUUGACUCUGAAUAAAUCAAAUAGAAUUAACAUUCAGAAUCAUGGUUUUACCAAGCAGAUGCUCCUUUUGCUAGCAAAGUGACUGUUGUGAAAAUGACCAGAGAAGCUUUCAAGUGAUCAGCGUGGCCUUGAAUUUGUUUCCAUUCAUGAAAUGUGAGUCACGAUCCGAAUUUUCCCAAGCCAAAGCAAAUGUAAGUCCCACAAUGCCUCAUGGCUGGGACGAAAGAGACCCCCCUAAAACAAACUAACAGCCCACUCUUCUCCCCUGUCUGUUUGACGUUUGCCAGUCGUCUGAGCAAUUUGAACUUUAUUUCACUUUCAGACCCCAAUGACUGUGCACGUUAUAACUCGUACCCUAAAACGGACCUCAAUUUGCUUACAAACUCGCAUCUUCAAAGGCUACCUCGUUUUAGUUUACUUUAGAAUGCCUACAUUGUCUUACAUGAUUGAAGUGUCCUAGAUCGUCUUAAAAUUGACCUUUUGCAAUCAUUUCACCAAGCUAACAUUGAUAGCAUUGAAGCGAACGGUUAGCAUGAAAAGAACCACAGGAGUUUAAACAAUGUGGCAGUUAUGGCACGUUUUCCUCAUGUCAGGGCCUCAAAAUUGGACCGCCGGGGCUUAAAUAUUGAAGUAUCAUUGUUGUAUGGCGGCUACAGUGUGAGUGUGCAAGGGAUUAAGUGGCUUCCCAUUGUUUCUUAGCUGAGGAAAAACACUUUUGGAUUGGUUUGCGUUUGACGUGGGAAGUUGCACUGUAUCGGCCUCAAAUAAGAGCCGGGCGUACAGUAUGUCCUUCCGUUUGCGGGCCAAGUCUGCCUUCACGUUCAAGUGUAGUGUGCGUACACUAUUGAUCUCCGUGCGCUUUCACGGCCUCCGGACCCACCUUAAUCCAAACAGCGUCAGAAAAAGAAAAAACAACAAAAAAGGAGCUACGCUACGGACAUGGAACAAAUCAUGCAAGUUUUUAUUUGUGGGACAGUUCCACAAUGGGGUAUUACAUGGAGAGACAAAAAAAAAAAAAG